AUGUUAAGGAGUUCGCUUCGAGUCUUGAAAAGGAGGCAAAGCACCUUAAACUCGGGUAUAUGGUCAAAUUUUACCGAAAGACCAACAUCAUUACAAAUACAAAAUGAAUCCAUAAAGAAGGAUAUAUUUAAUCAAUUACCACAAGAUCAAAAACCAGCUUCAAUACUAAAUUAUGAUGAGAAACAACAAUAUCAUUCACCAAUAGAUAUAGAUGAAACUUUUGAAAUGGCAUAUAAAAUAUUAGAAAAGGAUUCAGAAUCAAAAUAUAAAGUAAUAAAUAAAUUAAAAUCAGCCAUAGAACAAAAACAAAAUGCGAAUGAAGAUGUAACUGAUUUAAAAGAUCAACUUGAUAAAAUAUUAGUAGAUGCAGAAAUUGAAAAUCCAGAAGUUUUAUACAAUACAGAAUUUGUAAAUUCGGAAUUAUUAGAUAAAUCACAACCAGUUUAUAGAGAGUUAUUAAAACAAAAAUGGCAAGAUUAUGAUUUAUUAGUAACAAUGCAAAGAUUAGAACAAUUACAUGUCAUACCAGAUACAUUACCAACUUUGGACCCAAAAGCUGACGUUAAAAUAAAAUUUACACAUAACACAGAUUCAAAUUUUAUAGAUUGGGUUACACCAGGUUCUUUAUUACCAGCUUUUGCAGUUUCAAAACCACCAACUAUACAAAUUCAAGAAUUUGAAAGAAAAGAAGGCAAAGAUAAUUUAUACACUAUUUUAUUAGUCAAUCCAGAUACUCCAAAUUUAGAAACAAAUUCAUUCAAGACUACAUUGCAUUAUGGUUUAAAAAACGUUUCAUUAAAUAACGAGGAUAAUACAAUUGAUGUAUCAAGAAUUUUGAAAAAUGGUCCUAAAAUCACAUUCUCAGAAUACGUACCAUUAACUCCUGAAAAAAAUGCACCAACUCAAAGAGCAUGUUUAUGGGUUUUUAGACAAGAUUCCAAAAUAGAUAAAACAAACGAAGACAAAGAAAAUUUCGAUAUUAGAAAAUUUGUAGAUGAUCAUAAAUUAACUGCUAUUGGAGCUCAUGUAUGGAGACAAAAAUUUGAUAGAAGUGUUCCAAAAGUAAGGGAAGAAUACGGAUUAGGUAGAGGUAGAGUUUUUGAUAAAAUCAGAGGCACUGAACCAUUGAAUCUUUAG